AUGCAUCGUCUAACGCGGUUGAAGUCAGUCUGGCUCACUCAGCUUGCGUGGCUUUUACGCCAGGGCAUUCGAAUUCCAGCAUAUAUUGAGGAUUAUCUGACCUUGACCUCACCCGACUUGGAAUUGCUUGUGCGGAGGCUCUCAUACGCCUCGCAAAAGUGGACGCCCCCAGAAAAUCCCUCGCCGUUUCGGACGUGGUCUAUUAACCUGCCUCAAUCGAUCACCUGGCUUCAUCUGGCUCAAGGAAGAUGGCUGUUCGUCGCCUCUUCGGACGAUAGAGAAACACGGAACCCAUUGCCCAGGGCUAUUUACCAGAUGUGGUCAAGACCGGGAAAAGCUGAAGUUCAAGAUCGCGAGAUUGUGCUAGCUCUUGGUCUAGGCUCACAGUCCAACUCCACGCGCAUCAUUACGCUGCGCAAUGUACGCAAAGAGUACUCUCUUCUUGAACUUCGCUUGUAUUCCGCAUUCAACACACGUUCUGAUGCUAUCGGGCUCAUUCAAUCCCGAAUAGUCGAAAUCUUACCUCCACCCGGCGGCCUCGAAGCUCACGGUCGUAGAAACGUGCCACUGGCCAUGACACUUUGGAAUGACAAGCUCGUCAUUAUUCGCAGCCUGGCUCUCGAAAUCUACGAUUUCCCGUCUGCUGCGACUGAGGCUUCAGUCGCUUAUCGUGGGAGUCUCAAGCCACCCACGAUCUGGGAAGUUCAAGUGCUUCCUCCUGACUUGGCUGAUUCGCCUUUGCGCCUUGUUAUCCUCUCUCCAGUUGGCCUGGAACUCAUCGCCUUAGAUCCCCUUCGGAUUCAUGAGCUCUACGAAAGCGAUGAAACCUGCCCAACUACCUGCAUCGUACGAGACCUACCAGACUGGUUAUUCGAUUACCCUUGGUACCGACUUUGCGUCACUCCCGAUGGAACACGAGCAACCUGGCUUGAAGCUGCCCAUCCUGGAGAAGAAGACUACCAUCAUCCUCGCUUUCUGUCCGUUCUGUUACCUGUAGAACCGGAGCAAGUCAAUCAAAACAACACACCGCAAGUAUGGGAAAUUGACCCACAGAGCGACCCUGCCAUCUGGGCUCGACCGCAAAUCAAAGUUGACGAAACUCUGGGUCUCACCGUAGUUGGAAACUGCUUUGGAGAGCUUGGAAUAUAUGACUUUGCUCAUGGAACUGCAUUUCCGAGCAAUGACCUCAACCGUGUGGAUGACUCGGUUAAUGGUCAUUCACUAUCAGAAAGUCCGAUUCAAUUGUCUCAUCGACGAGGACCAAGGUCGAGAAUGACGCAAGCCGAAUUCCGAGAUGCAACUGCUCAUUGGUCGCAAGAUGGAAUAGUUGAUUGGAUUUGGGUUAAUGACUGGUACGAAGAUCGUGACUGGGCGCGUGUGUUUCGUUGGGGCGAAGAUCCCGGCCGCUUCGGUUGGUCGAUAGACCACGAAUAUGGCUUCCCCGGGGAGGUCCUACUACAAGCCUACACCCCACCGCGAAUACGCAGGGGACACCCCGUGUACUCUUCUUCGAGUUGGCAACCGCUAUCUUGUCGAAGACGGAGACGGGUUCAUUCGUUCGUGGCCAAACAACGUCGAUCACGGGUUUAUCGUCGAGGCCUCCGACAUUGA